UGAAUUCGCUUUCUGUCAGGGUAGGCGAGCCUAGCCGGUACUAUGAGCUCCUUUUGGUGCGGGAGUAGAUAAAGUUUCCACAGGAGUCUCCGCGUUUCCCGCAGGACGAAUCCCGGGGCAGGAUCGGAUACUGUCAUGGAGCCCUCGGGAGAGCAGCUACAAAGAUCCGAGGCUUCCAGCUCUACAUCUUCCGGAGGCCUGCCAUCCGCGGAAGACGAGGUCCUUUGCGUCGAGAGUGGCAUCUCUGAGACCCCGAUCCCUGACGCUCAGCUCCAGGACAGGCCCCUGUCGCCGCAGAAAGAAGCAGCUCUCCCGGAACAGGAGGAGCUACAGGAAUACCGGCGCUCUCGUGUGCGCUCCUUCUCUUUGCCCGCAGACCCCAUCCUGCAGGCGGCCAAGUUCCUGCAGCAGAGGCAGCAGGCGGGGCAGCCCAGCUCAGAGGGUGACGAGCCGGCUGGGGACUGUUGUUCCAAGUGUAAGAAGCGCGUGCAGUUCGCCGACUCCCUGGGACUGAGCCUGGCCAGCGUGAAGCACUUCAGCGAGACCGAGGAGCCGCAGGUGCCACCCGCCGUGCUCUCCCGUCUCCACAGCUUCCCGCUGCGCUCUGAGGACCUGCAGCAACUCGGGGGGCUGUUGGCAGUGGCAAAGGUGUCCGCGCCCCUCUUGGUGCCGGGUGCGGGGCUCCGACCCCUCUUUCAGCUCCCGGGGUUGGGCGCUGCGGAGGAGCGUCUGCGACGACAGCGAGUGUGCCUGGAGCGUGUUCAGUGCUCCCAGCCGCCCCGCGCCGAGGUGACCGGCUCGGGCCGGGUGAUCAGCUGCCCCGGACCCAGGGCAGUGGUGGUGCGCUACACUUUUACCGAGUGGCGCACUUUUCUGGACGUGCCGGCCGAACUGCACCCGGAGUCACUGGAGUCCCUGCCUCCCGUGAGGUCGGGGGACUCUGGACCAGGGGCUGAGGAUGAUGAGGAGGAGCCGGGCACCGAGCGUUUCUGCUUCUCGCUGUGCCUGCCCCCGGGUCUGCAGCCCAAAGAAGGGGAGGAUGCUGACGCGUGCGGCAUCGCUAUUCAUUUUGCCGUCUGCUACCGCUGUGAGCAGGGCGAAUACUGGGACAACAACGAGGGGGCCAACUACACCCUGCGCUAUGUGUGCUCCACAGACCCGCUCUGAGCCCGGGAACUUCGGGACUUGGAGAGAGGCUGACCAGCAAGCUAAGUUCCAGCAAGGGCUCCCUGGGGAUCCUUAGCUGAGCGACGCGGAUUUAGCAUUAACAGAGCUUGGAGCGAUAGGAGCAAAAUGUUAAACGAUACACUCUGAGCGCAGAUCCACGCAUCAGCAAGCACUGGCAGUGUUCUGACCCCCAGUCUUCUCGUCGCUUCCACUGACCUUUCUACUCGCCUCCUAGAAUACCCAGCCUGCAUCAAAAUAAGGAAAGCCCUCGUUUCCCAGGCAAAGGCUGUCUCCAAGAAAAAGGCUUUGGAAUCCCGAGCCAGGAUCUGUGUGUGACCCUGGGGAUUUGUUUCUAACUUGAGACUUACAGCUUGAUGAAAACCUGCAGGGAAAGGACAAGGCAGCCCACCUCCACGUGGGAGAGGAAGGCCUUCACACGUGGAAUCUUCACAGCCAGGCUUGAUUCUCAGAAGGCUAGGCAGAUGCGGGUCAGCUUGUCCUUUUAACUGGGCUCUGGAAACCCCUGCCCAGAUGCGAUGCUAUUUUCUUCCGUGAUUGGAUACAAAUGUCUUUUAAGAAAGUAAAGACUGCGUGAACAUA